AUGCCUAACAUACAAUUGCAAUCGUCGGAUAAUGAAAUCUUCAAUACUGACGCGCAAGUUGCAAAAUGUUCGGGUACGAUUAAGACUAUGCUGGAAGAUUGUGGUAUGGAAAGCGGCGGUAAUGUUAUCGUACCUUUGCCUAAUGUAAAUUCGGAAAUAUUACGUCAAGUAAUAAUUUGGGCCAACUAUCAUAAAGAUGAUCCUCAGCCUACCGAAGACGAUGAGGAUAAGGAGAAACAAUCCGAUGAUAUAUCGUUAUGGGAUGCUGAGUUUCUUAAAGUAGAUCAAGACACUUUAUUCGAAUUAAUUUUGGCUGCAAACUACUUGGAUAUAAAAGGUUUAUUAGAUAUUGCAUGCAAAACCGUAGCCAAUAUGAUUAAAGGCAAGACAUCAGCCGAGAUACGUAAGACAUUUAACAUUAGAAACGAUUUUACGCCGGCUGAAGAGGACCAAAUACGUAGAGAAAACGAAUGGUGCGAAGAGAAGUAA